CAAGUUCGACGUUUAUAUAGUUCAGAAACAAUGUAGCACUUGGACAGACUCGAAACACCCAAACGGUCUUGAAUGGUUCGACGGAAAUUUAGGCUGCUAGUGCUCAUUGCGGGCAUCUGGCUGAUUGGCAUAGUUUUCUAUGUCACCAGAGCAGGCGAUCAGGAUGGGCGAGGCAGCCGAGUGGACUCCGGGCCGGACGGGUUCAACGCCCCACGCCGGCCGAGACAUGAGGAGAAGUGGGAGACUCUGGGACAUGACGACACGGUGGUGCUGGUCACGGAGGCUCCUAGGAUCAUCACUGGUGUGAACCCGCGUCUGAUGGAGAGCCGCGAGGUGCAGAAGGAGGACGUGGUUCAGGAGGAGGAGGGCGUGGUCUGGACGGAGUUUGACGAGGAGAAGUACGUGGCCAAGACGAGGCUGCGGCCGGGGGAAGAUCCCUACACCAGGAACAAGUUCAACCAGAAGGCCAGCGACGGAACGAGGUCCAACCGGGAUGUGCCUGACACGAGACACCUGGAGUGUCGGUCCAAGCCUUGGAGACACGAUCUGCCGGACACGUCUGUCAUCAUCACCUUCCACAACGAGGCUCGCUCGGCCCUGCUCCGGACCAUCGUCAGUGUGUUCCGGAAAAGUCCGGCUCAUCUUCUCAGAGAAAUCAUUUUGGUGGAUGACUUCAGCGAAGAUCCUAGCGAUGGACUGGAGCUGAACAAGAUCCACAAGGUGACGGUGCUGAGGAAUGAGAAGCGACAAGGUCUGAUCCGGUCACGGGUGAAGGGAGCCGCGGCAGCCAAAGGUCAAGUGUUGACCUUCCUGGACAGUCACUGCGAGUGUAACGCCAACUGGCUGGAGCCUCUGCUAGAGAGAGUGGCUGAGGACAGUAGGAACGUGGUCAGCCCCAUCAUCGAUGUGAUCAGCAUGGACAACUUUGACUACAUCGGGGCCUCGGCCGACCUCAAGGGAGGCUUUGACUGGAAUCUGGUCUUCAAAUGGGAUUACAUGACGGCAGAGGAGAGGAACAGGAGGAGGCAGGACCCCAUUUCUCCCAUAAAAAAUCUCCUUCCGUGUGUGGCAAUGUCACGGCAACCUUGAGAUCAUCCCGUGUAGCCGCGUGGGUCAUGUGUUCCGGAAACAGCACCCCUACACCUUCCCAGGGGGCAGCGGACAGAUCUUCGCCAGGAACACCAAGCGAGCGGCAGAAGUAUGGAUGGACGACUACAAACAGUUUUACUUUGCCGCUGUGCCGUCUGCGAGACACGUCAACGUGGGAGACAUCUCGGAGAGGCUCAAGCUGAGGGAGACGUUACAGUGCAAGCCGUUCAAGUGGUUCCUGGAGAACGUCUACCCAGAACUCAAGGUCCCCAACUCUCAGGACGUGGCGUUCGGCAGCAUUCGUCAGGACAGUCAGUGCAUGGACACCAUGGGCCACUUCGCCGACGGCACGCUGGGGCUGUACCAGUGUCACAACGCAGGCGGGAACCAGGAGUUCUCCCUGAGCAAGGAGGGUCAGAUCAAGCACCUGGACCUGUGCCUCACCCUGGUGGGCACCAAGCCGGGCAGUGUGGUCAAGCUCUUCCAGUGUCGCCACAACAACAACCUGCAGGUGUUCAGCCAAACAGGCAGCAAGGACCAGCUCAAACACGCCAAGUCCAACCUGUGCCUGGACAGCUCCGAGUGGAAGACCCAGGGAAUCCUGGCCAACCGCUGCAACGGCUCGCCCGCUCAGAAGUGGUCCUUUUCCCUCAACAAGGACAGAUAGGACACUGGAUGGGGGAGAGGGAGGGGUUGGGGGGAGGGGAGGAGGGUGUGGGGGGGAGGGAAGAACACGUGAAUGAGGGAAGGACGGGGAUGGACUGAUGGACUCUCGCUGGUCUAUCAUCAAACACUGCUGUCUGUUGUUGCUGUUGUCAUCAUCAGCUGUUGCUGUUGUCGUCAGCUGUUGCUGUUGGACGAGCCAAUAAGCUCAACAAAGCUGUUGUCCUUUUUGGGAAUGGUUACUUAACGUUGAAAGCUUUAAGAUAACAUAAGAUAAGGUAAGAUAAGAAUUUAUUGUCCUUGCGAGAAAUUUUAUGUGGUUUUACGGGAAUGAUGAAACACAUGCACAUAUACAUAGAGUUUUAAUUAUAUAUUACUUUCAUAAUAGUAUUUCAAUAUGACGAGAACAAUAUGAACUGACCAUAAUACCAUAUGUCACAUGAUGCAUAUUUCAAACCACAUGCAGGAAUUUAUCUUAGAUCUUUAAAAGUUAUAUAUAGAUAUGAUAUUGGACAUAGUAAGAAGACCAGUGAUUGCCAGCCAGGGAGACAUAUCCCACUAGUGGGCGAUUUGGUCAUUUCGAUGGGCGGUGGGGUCACUGGGGUAGUGAUUGGUAUUUUUAAACCAUCUUUUCACGAAAUUAUAACAAUUACCUGCCAGACAGCAAAAUAUUUUGGAGGCGAUAUGUUGAUCUAAUGCUCCCUUUUUUUCCCACCUGCACUAACAGUGGCACACCAGGGUUUGUGGUGUAGUGGGUAGAUGGUUCGCUUGUGAACAUAGGAGACCCGAGUUUGAUUCCCGAGUGGGGAUGAUCUUUACUGGGUCGGAAAAUUAAAUGAUCUAAAUUGUAGGGGCCGUAAAAAAAAAAAAAUGUACAUUAAAAUUUUUAAAAGCUUUUCAGCUGUGGCACAGAGAACAGUCAGAUGCUUUCAGGGUCCGAGAAAUCCCCGGCCCGACCUUGACCCCUACCUCACCUGUCCCUGCGGUCAGCGAGUGAACGUCUAUGUCGCUGGCCGAGAUCUCACGUGGUGAGUGGGCGGGGGAGGGCCGGAUAUCCAACGUCCGUACUGACUGCUUUGUGCCACACCACGGGUUUACGCCAUAAUUUAUUGAUUAUAAUGAUGAGAAUGAUAGUGGAUUAAUGAUGAUGAGAGGGAUAAUAAUGAUAACAAUGAUGAUGGAUUAAUAAUGAUAAUUAGAACAGUAAUGGA